GGCUACACUAUGUACCUGACAGGCUUAGCACUCUUGUCGACAGUAAAAUUGCUUUAGUUCGUUUCGAGAUCUUUUCGCGAUUUUUCAGACAUCGAGUGUUUGACAAAUGAGGAAUAAUACUUUUACAAAGUGUCUGUGAAUUCAUGGUUGCGACUUUUUUUUAAAAAAUAAAACAAGCCGGUAACAUGUGGUAAAAGAAAAAGAAUAAAAGUGGAAUUAAGUUUUCAGUGACAUUGUGCGAGAAAAAUAAAUUUUUAAUAAUGCCAGAAGAAACCACAACGGUUAAUAAUAAUAUCAGUAAUGGAAAUAUCAAGAAUGUGAUUAUUUCAAAUUCAACAAACAUCAAGGAUCGAGACGUCGAGAGAGGGGAGGUCGAUUCAAGAGGGGGCAAUCCCCAUCAGACGUCGGCGUCGGCGUCGGUCAGGGAGCAAAUAUCAGCACCUGGUGGGCAGCGCGGCAGCAGCACACGUGGCAUUCAACAUAGUCGGAGCCAACAACAUUGGAGUGCAGUUUGUUGCAUUUUUUUUCAACGACUAGUGAUGGGCACGCUGCUUUUGGGUGCCGGACUGGCUAUUCUUGCAGGACUAUAUAUAUAUAUGGGCCCUCUAUUUAUUAUUCAACUUGUGUUGGUUAUUUUAGUUGCAUAUUUUGUGUCUGGUGGUAGACUAAGGUGGUUCUACGUGGCCUUGAAAACAGCCCCCCGUGACAUUAAAGCUGUUAGCCGAUACGUGAAACUUCUUUGGUUAAUUCGUGGACAUGAGAAAAAAAAUCGAAGUGUAGCUGAUGUUUUUCGUCAAAAUGUAGAGCGUCAUCCUAAUAAAGUGUGUUUGAUAUUUGAAGAUCAAGAAUGGACAUUUCAACAAGUGGAGGACUUUAGUAAUAAAGUAGCAUCGACAUUUAAAAAUCAUGGAUAUCGAAAAGGUGACACGGUGGCGUUAUUUUUGGAAAAUCGGCCAGAAUAUGUAGGAAUUUGGCUUGGACUUAGUAAACUUGGAGUAAUAACACCGUUGAUAAAUACAAAUUUAAGAAAAGUUUCUCUUUUACACAGCAUCAAUACUGCAAAAUGUCAAGCUUUAAUCUAUGGUUCAGAUUUGGCAGAUGCUGUUACGGAUAUUGCAUCCUCUUUAGAUGCAAAACUUGCUCUCUAUAGAUUUGAUGAAAAACCAGGAUUACAAUCAAAUGGUUUGAAAGAAAAAGAUCUCACUGCCUUUUUAGCAGAUGCACCUACAGUCCCUCCAGUUAUUCAAGAUAAAGGGUGCUAUCAUGAUAAAAUUUUGUAUAUUUAUACCAGUGGUACAACUGGACUUCCUAAAGCAGCUGUUAUUACAAAUUCAAGGUUUAUAUUUAUCGCGAGUGCUAUUCAUUAUUUAGUGGAUUUUCGAAGUUCUGAUAGAUUUUAUACACCAUUACCUCUAUAUCACACUGCGGGUGGUAUUAUGUCCAUCGGACAAUCUCUUUUGCAUGGAGGAACUACCGUAAUUAGAAAAAAAUUUUCAGCCAGUGCUUACUUCAGUGAUUGUGUGAAAUAUAAAUGCACGGUAACUCAAUACAUUGGUGAAAUGUGUCGUUAUAUUUUGGCAGUUCCUUCAAAACCAGAAGAAACACAACAUCAAAUUCGUACAAUUUUUGGAAAUGGCUUAAGACCCCAAAUAUGGCGAGAAUUUGUUGAUCGUUUUCAUAUUCCACAAGUUGCCGAAUUUUACGGUGCUACCGAGGGUAACGCUAAUAUAGUAAAUGUGGACAAUACUGUUGGUGCAAUUGGUUUUGUGUCUCGAAUAAUACCAGCUGUUUAUCCUAUUUCUAUCAUUAAAGUAGAUGCCGAUGGAGAGCCCAUAAGAAAUUCAAAAGGACUUUGUCAAGUUUGCAAGCCAAACGAACCAGGUGUGUUCAUUGGAAAAAUCAUUCCAAAUAAUCCAUCCCGAGCGUUUCUAGGAUAUGUGGACCAAAAAGCAUCUGAGAGUAAAAUAGUUCGUGAUGUAUUCACAAAAGGAGAUUCUGCAUUUUUAUCAGGUGAUAUUAUCGAAGCGGAUGAAUUUGGUUACUUAUUUUUCAAAGAUAGAACUGGAGAUACAUUCCGAUGGAAAGGGGAAAAUGUAUCGACGUCAGAAAUUGAGGGAAUUGUCAGCAAUCACGUUAAUUACAGAGAUUGUAUUGUUUAUGGUGUCGAGAUUCGAGGAGCAGAAGGCCGAGCUGGAAUGGCCGCCAUUUACGAUGAAAAUGGAAGUUUAGACAUAAAACGUCUGUCUUCUGACAUUAAAGAACAUUUACCAAGUUACGCAAGACCACAAUUUAUUAGAAUAUUAACAAAGAUUGAUUUAACAGGAACAUUUAAAUUGAAAAAGAAGGACCUACAAGAGGAGGGUUAUGACAUCAAGAGGAUAAAAGACAAAAUUUAUUACUUAGAUCCAAAGGAAGGUUAUCAAUUAGUAACACCAGAAAUUUUCGAUUUGAUUCAACAGGGCAAAAUUCGAUUUUGAUUUUAAAAACAUUUUUUCGAAUAAUACUGAAUUGAGAAAAUAUUUUUAACGCAGAAUUAUCGAAAUUCCACGAAUUCAAAAAUUUUCUCAAUUAUACAAUGCAAAAACUGUGAAAAGUUAUGCAUCAAUUAUAAAUGAAACAUCAAUAUAUAGAAUAGAAAAGGGAUCAACGCGCGAAAACAAUUAUAUUAAAAUAUUAUUUCUCAAGACUUUUAAUUCCACAUUAUGCUUCAUCACUAAUUUCAUCGUCAAUAUGGGCAAAAGCUUUCCAGUAAAGUGGAGCUCAAGAUAAUUAGGCGUUUUUCAAAUUAAAACAAUGUUUCAAAGAAAAGCCUAUAUACAUAGAGAAAAUACAAAUAUAACUCUUGAAUGAAAUUUAAAGACUGCUUCAAUCCUAUAUUAUGAAUAUAGAAACAAAAAAGACAAAAGAGAAGAUAUGCCUGAGAAUUGCCCUUUUUUAAAAUCUUCCACAAGAAGUUAAAAUUAUAUCAAAUUUUAACAUAAGGAAGAACAAUAAAACUUUGUAAAUACGAAUGUGCUUUAUAUACUAUUUCGAAUUUGAAAAAUGUGAGCAAAAGGUUUAAUCCAAUAAAUAUAUUUGAAAGUAAUUAAGAAAUUAGCAAUUAAACAAAAAAUAAAACAAUUAAUUAAACAUAAUGUAAUAUUUUAAAAAAAGUUACUGAAAAAACUAAAAUACUGAAAAUAUCAAAAUUUUUUAAGCUAUUGCGUCCAUAUUUCUGAAAUGAAUCUCAACUAUAGAAAUUUUACAAUAGUAGCAUUUUUUUCUAUCGUUAAAACUCUAGUGGAAAAAACUUUUUGCAAACAAUUUUCUAUGAAAUAAAUUAGUGUAAAUAUGUAAAACUACAAUGCUUUGAAGAUGGUGGCUGGAGAUACCUCGUACCUAUCGCGCAAUAACUAAUUUUAAUAUAUUAUUACAGAUAUAAUAUAUUGUGCAUAAUAAUAUAUUAUCAUAGGGUUUCUGGUCACAUCAAGACAGACUUUUUAAUUAAAUUUUGUUCUAAAAAUUAAAAAAAAAAUAGUUAUUACAAUUUACUUGUAUAAAAUAGAUCCUUACUUUUUUUUGGUGCAAAUGUUAAAUCAAAAAUUAUUUAUUAUAUGAAACAAAAAUUAAUUAUUCUUUUAUACAAAAAAUGAAUUAAAUUAGAAGCAAGAGGACUUUUAAAAUUUUUUGUAUCAAAUCGCAAAGCAUACAAUUUUGAUACCUAAGAAAAGUUCGUUUUUUAAAUAACUAUUUUAUAUUUUCGAAUUUAGAUUAUAAGACUUUAGUUUUAAAUUUUAUUUAAAUUAAACAUUUUAAUAGAUUUAAUUUUAUAUUUAUAAAGUAAUUUAAAAAAAUGCAUAUUAUAUUUCAUACUUUGCACUUGUUUAUAAAAGUUCUACUUCAUGACAAAUAAUAUAUUUAUAUAGUGAUUAAUAUAAAAAGAAAUAUUGUUUUAGGUUGAGGUGCAAUUGCAAAAGGUACAAUAGACUUAAUAGAUGAGAGUCAGUUGAUAGAUAGAAAAAUAGUGAAAAAUAUUUCUAAUAAACUUUAUAGAAUUCUUAUGAAUUCUAAAUUCAAUUUUAUAGAAGAACUUUCUGCAUUUCCCAUGAUAAAAUAUUUCAAAAUAAAUUAUAAAUAACAUUUUAAAUUUUCAAUUUAAAAAAAUAUCUCCGACUAAAACAAAAUUUUGUGAAUUUUAAAUAGUGAUGUUAAUUCUAAUUUUUAGGCUCAACGAAUUAGUAAUUUAAAAAGAAAUAAAGAUUGUUGCACAAAGCCAGCGUGAAAACUGAUAUAUUAGGUGCGUACGUGUGUUUUUUAGGUAAAAUUUUGUGAUGCAAAUGUUUUUUUUAUCAAUUAGUAUUUAAUAUAUACUAAAACGUGAUCCACUUCUUUUAUUAUUAUAUAAUUAAAAUAUCAUUAAGUAAUUUGAAUCAUUAUAAUGUCUCAAAGUCCAAAUGAAUGAAAGAAAAAAUUGUCUCUUAAAUAAAUAUUUUUCUUUUGGAAAAAUGUAUUUUUCUUUUAAUUUUGAAAAAAAAUAUAUUUGUUAAUUAUUAUAAAUGAAGAAAAUAAAUCAUGUUCGUUUUAUA